AAAGAGUUUUUCACUGCUUCUCGCGUCCCGCGUCGUGUUUCCCUCGUCCUGUGAACGAAUCGGCUGCUUCCCGCGAGUCCCUGCAACUUCUCUCGCUGCUCUCGGGGUUGUCGGAGUCAGCACCGCUGCGUUCAGCGUUCCUGCGAAAAAAACGGGGAAUCGAGGAAGUUCUUUUUCGCUUCGCGCUCUGUUUUCUCCACGAGGUCGCUCGGCUCUCCUUCUCUCUUCCUCAUCAUCGCAGAGGCGCCGAAACUUCGAGACUCCGACAACCAGCGCGUUCUUCCCGCGCCGUGACCCUGACUUUUUUCUGGACAAAGAGAGGCCGUUCAGGCUCGGCAUCCGGCGACCUCCUUCCUCACCAACCGGUGCCUCUCGACGUAUCCGAGCGACAUUUCGAACUGAUUUCGCUUUUCGCUGGAGCUUCUCCACGCGCAAGCCGCCGCUUUCCGGCCUCCUCGCCUCACCCCACCUCCCCUCCCCUCCCGCCCCCGCAGUGGACGGACACCGCGCAGGUUCUUCGAGCAAGUCGGUUCGCAUUUCGCAGGAUGGCGUCCUCGGACUCGAACGCGAAGCUCGCGUCGCAGCGUCUCCACUCCUGCGCCGGCGGCGAGGAGAGCAGCGGCCAGUGUCUGGAAAAGCAGGGAGCUGGCGCGCGCCUCCGCGGCUGGCUGGCGCAGCUGCUCCCGAGGGCCGACCUGCCCGGAGCGAGGCAGAAGACUCCUUUCAACCUGAAUCGCUACGUAUUGCUGCUCCUCUACUCGAUUGUUGUCUUUACCACGGGAGCGGUCUUCUACGGCUGGACUGCGUUGUCUGCGAUGAUCUUCAAGAACGACGGAUUCGCGUACUUGUGUCCGAAGGACGCGUCCGGCGUCUACGUUCCAGACCUUCGCGCGACCCAGGGGAAGCUGUAUAUCUGCGACGAACAGGACGCGGCAGUACAGAAGCUGUACACGAUGACGUUUGCGGUCGCCUGUCUCAUGAGCGCAGGCGCAGGCACUCUGCUUGACUGGCUAGGUCCGCUGUGGACAGAGCUGCUGGGGCAGCUCCUCAACCUGGUUGGGUGGCUGUUCCUCGCCUUCUCGACUGUCGACCGGCCUCUGUACUAUCCCGCGCUGGUGUUCAUCGGCCUCGGCGCAGACGCGUCGAUGUUACCUACGCUGUGCAUCCGGCAUUUGUUCCCCGGCUCGACUGGGUUGAUCAUCACGAUUCUCGGCUCGGCAGCGUCAGCGAGCUUCGGCAUUCCCCUCGUCCUCAAUACGAUCGUCGAGAACCACGGCGUGAGUGUGAGGGAUGUCAGCAUCGGGUACUGCUUCUUCGGACCGGUCCUCGGCGUCCUCGUUGCGUUGCUCUUCAUGCCGCGGCGCGGCUUUGCCCUGGACGACGCAGGAACCAUCUUCCGCGAGCCGGACUCCGGGGAAGGUGAAGGCGAGGCAGGGCCGUACGCGCUGGAGAAUGGAGCUCAGGGUGGAGAGUCACAGAACGCACAAGAGACGCGCCGGCGCAAGUUGCUCGACCCGAUCGUGAGCUCGUCCUUCUGGACGCAGUUCUUCUCGAUCAGAUACUUUUUGAUUGUUCUCUACUUUGUCGUCGUCAGCUGGGCGACAUCGUACUACCAGCAGGCUGCGCGCCGCAUGUUCUCCGAAGACGUCGUAUCCGUGAUCGAAGUCUUGUUGCCGCUCUCCUUCAUUCCUUGCAUCCUUCUAGGCAAGGUCGCAGACGUCGUGGGCAUCAUCCGCGUCCUUUUCGUCAUGAAUACAUCGGGCCUGCUUACCUACGUUUUCUCUUUCUUCAAAACAGACGCGACAGGGUACUUGUCUGCCUGCUGCUUCAUGGUCUACAUGUCGCUGUUGACCAGUCAGGUGUACGUAUACGUCGAGGGAACGUUCUCGCCAAAUCACUUCGGGAAGCUGAUCGGAAUCUCCAACUUGACCGGCGGCCUCCUCUCCCUCGUCUCCAAUCCUCUGUACGAAAACAUCACCGUCAACAGAGACAACGGCGACCCGCUCUGCAUCCAGAUUGCCAUGACUGCGCUGCUCUGCGUCCAGUACGUCUGGAUCUUCAUCCUGGGAUUCCUGAAGUCUGGAAACUCGCCUCUCCUCAACAUGGACGUCAAGGCGAAGGACGACGCGGACGCGGAGAAGCGCGCCGACAACGCACCGGGUGCAGAGGAACGAACGUCCGCGCCCUCUGGAUCGUCCUCCGAACUCGCCGCUGUCACGGUGACACCACCGCAAGACUCCGCUUGACAAGCAACCGAGCGGAACUGCCAGGAAACAGGGCAAAGGCAGACGCGAGAGACGAAGGCGAAAUCGGGAAGGGGUCGAACAAAUGCAGCAGGGAGUGAAGCAGUGGAAGCAGUUGAAGCAGUGGAAGCAGUUGAAGCAGGAGGGAGAGGAGGAGAGGAGCUGGCAAACUCAGGGAAGUUUUUUCGACGGCGUAGAGAACGACAUGUUCACUGUGCGCAGUCGUGAUGGGGAGGGAAGGAGGAACUUGGAGUUCCGGGGCGACCGCGGAGACUCGCAAGAGAAGUCUUCUGCGAGGUAGGAGAGUUGAGAACCCACAGAGAGACUCCUGCAGCGCGGUUCCGAAGGACUUCUUGACUUCUCAUUUCUAUUUUUUUGAUACCCUGCGUCGGGAAGAAAGGGACACAGUGUCUGGUGCGUGGGCGAACUGCGCCUGUACAUAGAUUUUCAUGUCCAGAUGAAAUUUUCUGGAUUGUCUAGACGCUCGAGCCGUGCUCUCGAGUGUACAGAGAAACUACGUUCAUCGGGGGGCGUCAGCUCCGAGGUGACAUGUCGAGCGUUUCGUCGCGUUUCUCGGUUUGUGUCGUUUUUGUAGAGCCAAGGCAGGUGCACCGAAAAGCAUUUUUUUCUCUUGUGCAUGUCCAUGUCGACAGUCUGCUUCAUUGAACAUGGGGCGCCACAACGGGCGUCGCAUGCAGUUUCCUAAAUCGAGCGGAUCAAUGUUCAGUCCCUCAGUGAUUUAAGGCCGUAUUUCGUCGCCAAACAUGACGGUCCUGCGCUCAAAUGUUGUGACCAUCGACGGCGCCUCGAUGAAAACCUUUCUUUGCUUCCUUGUCACCUUCCGGAGACCUCGAAGAGACAGCCCAGUGCCAAGGCUGGAACCCCCUCGGACGCAGCCUCUUUGAUCCACACCAGACUGGUGGAGGAUCCGCAGGCGCGAUGUCGUUCCAGCGCGGCAGGGCACUCUUCAAAGCGAAGGGACAGAAACGCUUCAGCGCCUCGCGGCUACCGAGAGACCCCACAGUUCACUCUUGUACUGUUUGUAUGGACUUGUCUCACCCUUCAGCGAGGCCUGUACAUGCAGCUUGUACCGAGUCGUCGGUCCCCGAGGCAAGGUAAUGUCAUGCGAUUGAAGGCCGCUUUUUGAACUAAUCUAUAAAGGAUUCUGUGGAG